CGCUGUUUGAUGCAUCUGACCAAUCCGACGUGGGUUCACCAUGAAGGUGGUGCAAUCUACUCUGUGGAUAUCCAUCCAACAAUGGAUAAGCUAGCGACCUGUGGGCAAGGUGAUGUGAGAUGCGGUCUGGUCAUCAUCUGGAACCUACGUCCGAUCCAGAGCGAGAGAGCUUAUGCUGAUACUACGUGUCACAAAAUUUUGGCCAGAAUACAACAUCAAGAAUCCCGUUCAAAUAGUCAACUUUGUGUCCUUUUAGCUGGUGUGAACUGUGUGCGAUGGUCUCACGAUGGUGAUCUGCUGGCUUGUGCCUCUGAUGAUAAAGUGAUUACCAUCUAUGAGUAUGGCGGCCGUGUACAGUCGGCUGGUUCAAUAGGAAGCAAAUCCGUGGUGAAUGUGGAGAAAUAUCGACUGUCACAUACACUCCAUACGCACUCGAUGGAGGUAUUGAGUGUUGAAUGGUCUUGUGAUGGCCGUUAUUUGGCAUCAGCUUCAAUGGAUAACACAGUGGUGGUAUGGAAUGCGAAGAAGCUGCCAGAAAGAAUAGUCGUAUUGGAUGCAUCACUGAAAGGCCUCAGCUGGGAUCCAAUAGGAAAAUACCUUGCCACUCAAUCGGCUGAUAAGUCACUGCGUUUGUGGACCACUGACAAUUGGCAGUGCGAUACUGUAAUAACAAAGCCAUUCAUAUCGAGUAAUAUAAAAGUGGAUAGUAAUGGGCAGUUUCUCUUCGCCCCGUGUGCGAUGAACAAUCAGGGACCCACCGCCCAAAUCAUCAUGCGUAAAGAAUGGGACACUGAGCUUGAUCUAGUAGGCCAUCGACGAGUGAGUUUCAUCAGAUUAUUUUUUAAUUUAAUUUUUUCGUCCUUCUUGGUGGUGGUAACCUGUAUCGCGAUUGGAUCACGAGACAAGUCCUUGUCGGUAUGGGUUCUUCCACGAGUAAAACGUCCUAUCGUUGUACUGCAACGUCUGUUCAAGCAUUCCGUGACGGAUAUGUCAUGGCGAGGCACUGAUUUGGUAGUGUCAUCGCAGGAUGGCUCCAUCAAGUAUCUGUCAUUCCGUGAGAAAGAACUCGGCACAAUGUUAUCUCCACAGAAGAUGGUUAGUGGAUCUAUAGGACUUACUGAUUUAUCGGCUUAUUUAAUUACUGAGUUCAACUUGAUUUUGUUUUUAUUUCAAUUAAUAGUUCCGAUCAAGGUCCGUACGUCAGAUGGGAAACGUCGUAUCCAACCCAUAUUCCUAGGGUCAACAGUUGAUGAAGAACCUGCUCCGCCGCCACCACCCCCUCCUGCACAUAUGAAGAGCCAGUAA